CGACUAUGGACAGACUCAUUCCGCGCCCAGCAGCUCUCCCCAACAUUGAGCUCCAGCGCAGUGGCUACAUUCCCUCGCCUGAGCAGACUCGAGCGAUCGAGGAAUACUCCACGCAGUUGCAGUCUGCGCAAGAACGCCUCGACGCGGAGAUCGCCCGUCUCUCUGCUCGGCGCCGCGAUAUCGGGCGCGAAUUAGAGAUCAAUCGCUCUCUUCUUGCGCCCGUGCACAGAUUGCCUCCAGAGCUCCUCUCGGAAAUCUUCACGCAUGCAGCUCGGAACCUACGCUGGCCACAGACGCCAUCGCUCUUCGCAUUGACCCUGUGCUCCGUCUGCGCGACGUGGCGCGUGACGGCUCGUAGCACGCCGCUGCUAUGGCGGGAUAUUUAUCUCAAUCGCUGCAUGGCAGGAAACGCUGGGAACCCACUUCUCCACCUGCACAUGCAUCUCUCGCGCCAGCGUCCGCUAUGCAUCUCCAGUGUGCGUUGCGAAGUUGCGCUUGUAGAGUUCUUGAGCACGCUGCCGGAACCGGAUGCUGCGCGCCUACAAGAGCUGGUACUCUCAGAGAACGGCAACACACUUUCGAAAAUACAGGCUCGUCCACUCCCCGCCCUUUCUCGAGCAGUGAUUACGAUCCACGAUACCUGCCCACCGGACGCAUUCAAUGUUCUAGUGAAUGCAACUUCCCUCCAAGAUCUUACCAUCACAUACUACGCCGAGUGCACGGACGAAGAGCUCGAGAAUGGUCUUGCUUUCCCCCGGCUCAACAACACCUCCGAAUUUGCCAGCCUUACUCGAGUAAACCUUUUGCUCUUGGCUGACCUACCCAUCUGGGCCCUAUUCCCUACAUUUGCGACGUUUGCGCCUACGCUGCGCGAGCUCGAGAUAGGGGUCAAUAGUUUCACAGAUUUCGAAGAUACUGCGCCUCGCACCAUAUACGAAAUGCCUCGCUUGCGCCACGCCAGCCUCGGGUACCACGCGCACGCAUUCCUAGCGCACAUCAACGCUCCAGAGCUUGACACGCUCAGGCUGAGCAAUACUUUCCAUUCGGAAUCGUCGCUAGCUUUCUCCCUCCCGGACUUCCUGCAUCAGCAAUCGUGCACGUCUCUGAGUGGACUGAUUGGCCUGACUGGUCUGAUUCGUCUGAGUGCCGAGAUGUUCAGGCCUGUUCAGACAAAGUACAGGCGCAGAGACGAUUUCUCAGUCCAGCUAGCUGUCUGCUGACCAGCUUCGUCUGGCGCUGGUCUGACCCGGUUUGAAUCGAGUCUGAUAGACAACUGCUAAUUAUGCGCAGUAUGUAAUAGAGUGUGUCUGUUCAGUAAUUUCUUUCGAUAUCCUCAGAAGCUUCAGUAAUAUACUUGGGCGAGUUCGUAAUUUAUUCGCCAUCUUCAUAAUUUAUUCGGGCGCUCUAGAAUUU